AUGGCUGUCUCGACAACUAGACUACGCGAAAACGUCAAAUCCAAACGCCGUGGUGUAAAGUUACGUGAAGAUUUGAAUCAAUCAUCAUCACCAUUCGAACACUCCAACUUGGAUUCUACAUCCGACGAUAGCUCUGAGCGUGGUAUUCAGAGCUCAGCGCCUGCUGCUGCCCAAUCAUACCUUAACAAACUAUCGGAUGUCCCCCAGAUACAAACUAGAAAUACGGUAGAUGGCAUUGGAGCCGUAACUAUAGAAACCACAAGUUCCACUAAUGAUUCUGAGGACAGUGGGGUACCCUUGAGUCUAGAAACUGCCCUGUAUCGAUUUGAAGUGGUUGAAUAUUGGGUGGAACAAGUUAAACUUGAACGGCAAGAUACUGAAGCUAAAGAAAAUCUAUGUCCAUAUCCCUUGCAAGAGGAAAAUUGUGGUUCAAUAUUUGAGUGGCCAUGGGUUCAAACUGAGUUACCCGGAGCGUGGCGACAACCUUCUCUUACGCAAAGCUCUAUUCUAGAAGCUAGCUCUAAGUCAUAUGUCAAAGAAACACCUUAUUUCGUUCCAGGAUCCAAUUUAUCAGAUGUAGUAGAGGCUAAUGCGGAGACAAAAAUUGAGCAGUCAACUUCAACCAGUAUCGAAAAUUCUCGUGGUGCUUUGCACAAAACUUCGCAAGUGAACCUACUUGAGGAACAGUUUGAUUCGAGCUGUAUUAUUGGAAAUGAAGUAGACAUCAAACAACCAACUUCAUCCGUUUUAGAAUGUCCUCAUACUCAUCUGCGCGGAGGUGGUAUUCCUAUUCAGAAUCAUUACAGACCUUGCUUACGAAGAAUCAAGAAGAGAAAUCUACAUGAUCAUUUCCACCACGACAUAGAUCUCGGUUAUGGUGGAUCUCACUUUGCUGCGGAACCGUUUCCUAAGUAUGAUCCAAUUGUGGAUUUAACGUAUCUAUACGAGACGGAUGGUAUUUAUCGUGUUGGUACAUAUAUCAGCCCCACGAUGAUUAGAAAAAGACGCGAGAUGUUGAAGAAAGCCUUAGGGCUGGCAUUUGAGAAGGCAAUUCACAACAUUCGAUGUUGUAACUCCGGCGCUGAAUCAAAUGUCGACCUUAUUUCUGAACAACCGCUCCAUAGCAUUCGAGGCAAUGGCUACAGUGUCGAAUCCAAUCUGGGGUAUUGUUGUGGUGCUAUGAGCCAGCCCUAUGUCAAUCUUGAUCCUGGAUAUUCAGAUCUCGGCACUGGUUCAAGUUGUAUCUAUUUAAGAGGAGGAGUUGGAGAUACAGAUGGAAACAGCCCGAACCCGAUCAAUUCAACAUCAGCACCAUCUAGGCGUAUUCGCAUACGCGACCAAUUUUGUGUUAUGUUGAAGAAUCCCCUGAAAUUCAUAAUAGGGAAGUUUUCUUGCAAGAAACCAACGCAAACCGCACAAGGUGGAGAUUAUGUUGAGCUCGAAGAGGAUCACAGUCAUGAAGAACCUGAAGAGAAAUUUGAGGAAGAGGUGGCAGAAAAGAACAUAUCGCAUGAUAUAUCUUCAAAAGAGGAUGAGUAUCAGAGGGUAAUGAACGACUAUAAUCUGCUUUUGGAGCAAAUAAAUGAGAUAAAAACGUCGUUGCGCGAGAUUGAAGAAGUUCUCCCUGAAGACUGUGAGGAAGUGCGACAAUACAGAAGUAUCCGCAAAGAUGAAAAGAUACUGGAAAACUUUGAUAAAAGAAUGGUACAGAUCGAUCGAAAGAAAUAUGGCCCCCUCGAUAUAAAGAGCAACCUCAAGUUGAUAGACCGCGCCUGUAGAGAAGCGAAUGUUGUAAAGGGAAUCUUCCACAGAAGAAGAGAUCUAGCGCGAAUUGCCUGGAGAAAAUCGCUUUAUUCCCAUUCUGAAUCAACCAGUACACUAUUGCGCGGAGGGGCAGGACCAUCGAAGAGAUUCCAGCGAAGGCAUAGGAUGGGUAUACAGGAAUUCGCAAAAUUUGAGUCGGAGAAUGGGCUAAUUGAAGGACCUGCUUCGACUUCGAGCCAAAUGGUCGAGCCUGGGACUCCUACACAGACAGUCGUACCUUCAGAUCCUCCGCAAGCAGGAGAGUCUCUGACUUCUGACCAAGCAGUUGUAUCCCCGAAUCCUGCUCAGGCAGUAGAAUCUGUGACUCCUACAGAGACAGUCGUACCUUCAAGUCCUCCGCAAACAGUUUUAUCCCCAAAUCCUACGCAAACAGCCGAACGUCCAGCACUUCAAACUCACCAACAGCAUGAUUCGUUAGACAGUGGUGUUGGUGGCUUAAGGGACGCGGAAAGCCAAGAAAAAGAUGAAUCUGCAGAAGAUGAACCUGCACAAGUUGAAGAUCCUGUCCCAGCCCAUGAGUCUUCACAACCUCAAUCUGAAUACACAGUGGUGGUUGUAGAAAUUGCAGAGAGCUCGGGUGAAGACAAUGUUGAGCAGUCUAGUACUAUCGAAAAUUCAUAUAGCAUCGAGGAGUCAAAAGAUGCCGAAGAAUUAGAGAGCGUCGAAGACUCAGAUGAUUUCGAGGAGUCAAAAAGUUUCGAGGGACCAAAAAGUGUCAACGAGACUGGCAAUGCAGGAAGUGAGAGUGGCACUGUAGAAAGUUCAGAUCUUGAAGAGCCGGAAAGAUUUGCUAGACAACGACUUGAAAGAGCACGGGAGCAACUUGAGAGGCAAGAGGAAUUAAGAGACGAAAUUGGCGAUGUAGCAGCAGAAUUUUAUGGUCUCGUUAACGAGAUUGCAUUUAAACGCAAGGCCAUUUUAGACGGGGACCCUUUCUCAAAGGCCGAUUUUGAAUACCGUGUUACCGAUGAGGAUGUGUCGGAUAUAACCAGAUAUAUUAAGUAUAAAUGGGACAUGACACGUAUACUUGAUGACACAACGUUUUAUCCGUAUCAAGUUACACGUGCAGAGAACUGUGUUAUAGGGGCAAGGCGCGUGAAGGAUAUAAUUGAUAAUUGGUACGCUGCGGUAGUUCAGCGGGGAGAAACAUCUAGGUUUGAGCCUGUUACAACAAGAGGUGUGGGAAUCCUGGAUAAUUGGGAAUACGUCACGACUUUACCGGAGACUUGGUCUUGCCCUACGCUAAGGAGAAGGUCCUCGGCGGAUUCGGCUUCCCCUUCAGCUUCACAACCUAAAGCCGUGGUGAAAGAGCGUGGUGAAUCUUCAAAAAGCAGCGCUCGUCUCCCGUUUCGACGAGCUUAUCCCGUGAUUGAAGAACGUGGUGAAUCUUCAAAAAGCAAUGCUCAUGUCGACGAUUGGAAAAUCACAGCACAAAUAAACGAGCUGGAGGCUAAGAACGGAAUUGAGGUGACUAGCGUCUCAAGACGUAGUUCAAAGGACCAUAGUAAUAACGAGCGCGAUGCGAAAAUCACGUCUCUGAGCGAGAAAGCCGAGGAAGAAGAGUAUCAGCCGCAGAUCCCCGAACAAUGUAUAGGGACACUUACGGUACUGGGGGCGUCGCGUGCUGAGGCUGUUAAUUUAUUGAUAGCUACUGAUGGGGACGUCCAACACGCGGCUAAUAUCUUUGUUGAGGAAGAUCCCUUGCUGAAUAAUGAUGCGUAUGAUUUAUUAGAGGAUGCCGAAGCUGAUAUAAAUGGACUUGUUGCAUUGAUGGGAGUGUCGCCCCGCAAAGCUUUUAUUGCAUUGUUGGUUUCGGGGGAUGAUGUUGAAGAGGCUGCGCGUCAUUUAUCGGCUGAUUCUACUUAUGAUGCGGAUGAUGAGGUUACUGAGGCGAGUAAUGAUGAUAAGGUUGUUGAUGUUGGUAAAAAGGGAAAAAGAAGUAUAACCUUGUGA